AUGAUUGCCUCUCUUCCCCAUGUCAUUCUUGCGCUGCUACCAGUCGUUUUGGCAGCUCCAGCGCCGGCGCCACUCCCAACCCCAGCUGCAGUUGCUGCCAAAGCCCCCAAUCCCAUGAUUACAGCCCGAGCUGUCCUUGCAGAUCGAAUUGAACAGCGCGAUAUUAUCGACUCAAUUACUGGUCUUGGGAGCUAUUUGUCAAGUGCGCUGGGCACAUACCCAUCCUAUAUUGCCAGUGGUGUGCCCAAUUUCUUCCAAGACUUCCCUACCGGAACUGCAGUGGAAAGCAGUCUUGGAAUCAGCGACAGUGAUCUUGCAGCGACACCUACACAGGUACUCAACAUCCCAGGUUACGCAAACUGGACCGAUCAGGGCUGGAAUUUACGGUUUCGCGGAAAUGUCUACAAGCAGCCCAAUAUUUCCGAAUCCAAGUUGAACGACCUUGCCAAUAUAUUCCUAAUAGGUACAUCAGUUGAAGCUCUGCCGCCCGCAGAGGCGACACAGGCACGAAAUCUAACUGCCGAAAUCUUCGUCGUUCAGCAAGCCAACGUCAAUGUCACAAUGCACAUUGAGCCUGCUACGAGUCAAGGCGCAGACGGCUCCUCCAGUGGCAGUGCUAAUGUCAUUACACCUGGUGGCGGUGCACAAACCAUAGAUGUGGGAGAAACUACAGUAGAGGGAGAUUUCGAUACAUUUAUUCCCCUUGCAAAUGUUUCUGGGUCAGGUGGAUAUCUGCUCCCCGGAAACGACACCACCCAGAUCCAGCGGAUAAACGUUUACACCAACGGGACCGACAUUGGCAACGCAACCUCAUUCCUUGUUCCCACGGCUGGUCUCACGAUCAUCUCCGAUAUUGACGAUAUCCUGCGUGUAACACGAAUCUACCAACCGGCAGACGGGCUCCUAAACUCCUUUGCGAAGGCAUUCACACCAUGGAUGAACAUGCCAUCUAUCUACGCCAACUGGUCUCAGAGUAUCCCUGACUUCCAUUUCCACUACCUAACGACUACGCCAGAGCAGGUAACGAGGAAUUACAUGGAUUUUAUUUACAAAACCUACCCAGGCGGCUCUUUCGACACGCGCCCACUGAACUUCAGCGAUGUAUCUGCUACUCUCUCAAUCCGCAAGUUCUUGCUCGAGAAGAUCUUUCAGACCUACCCAGAGCGGGAAUUUAUCCUGGUUGCAGAUACGUCCAACUCAGAUGUGAUGAAAGAUUACCCGGCCAUGGCUACCGAAUUCCCUGGACAGGUGAAGUGUAUUUUGUUGAGAAAUACAUCUUCGACCGAUUCCGGUGACAAGUUUCCUUAUGACACAAGCGGAUUCAAGGGCUUGGACAACAGCACAUACAUGUUUUUCAAUAUACCGGAUGAUCUGACAGGUCUGGAUAUUGUCAAUGGGCAGUGUGUCAACAGCACUAUAAAACAGAAUAUCACCUUUAGCACGCAAGGAUUACCGUUUGGGCUGAGCAAGAAAAGCGCUGCUGUGAAGAUACAGAGUGGAUUCAAUGGGGCCGUAGUAGCUGCUUUAGUCAUGGCACUUGGGGUUGUGUCUGGUGUAUUAUGA